AUGCAAUACCGUCAAGAGAAUCCGCUCGGGACCAUCUGGCGAAUUGCAGAAGUUAUCGAUCGGGGCCGAGUCACCCAUCGUCGUCAUUGUCGCGUUGAGUUUCGUCGCGUCAUGGAUUUUGCUGAACCGGGGCCGAUGUCGGUUCCUUCUCCUCUUCCUGUUGCUGUUUCUGAUUCUGAUGGUAUUCAAGAGGUCGAUACUGAUGACUCCUAUACCCUCACCAAUCUCGAACGUUGUGACGAAACGCAGGACCAGAAUCCAGUCAAUGCUGUUGCUGAUUUGUUCGAAGGAUUGGAUUAUGAUAGGCCGUCUACUUCACGUUGUAAGACAAACGCAAAUCUGGAUCGGUUGUGUGAAAACGGUGUCUAUGAAUACCGGUAUGAUGACGAAUACGAGGAUAUUCAGAAGUUCUAUUACAUGACGGAGGAUAAUUUUGCGGAGGUUCUUACCCAGCUUGAGGAAGAGAUUGAACAAGAGGAGCAAGAAGCUCAAGACAAGGUAGCGGCCACUGAAGAAAUGAUAAAGGAAAUGGAACAAAGCGCAAGCAAUUUUGUUCAUGUUCGUGAACUGAUCAAGAAACGCGACAAACACAGCAAGGCUGCGAUAGAAGUGAGGGAGGAGAAAGAACGUGUUAGAGAGCUGAAAAAACAAUUGGCCAUGGCGAACAAGGCCAGUAAUAUGUUCUGCUGCUUUGUGUGCUGCAAGGUUUUCCUUGAUGAGGAAGAAAUGCGCCAGCAUGUUUCGGUAAAACAUUUGGCAUCGAAGAAGGAGUACAAGUAUAGAUGCCCAUCCUGUUAUCGAGUCUUCAUGGAUCAGCAGAAACUCAGUCUUCAUAUUGUGAGCCACAAUAAGGAAGAGCUACGCUGUUCGGUUUGUGAACGGUCGUUCAAGGAACCUGUAUCUUUAAAAAUCCACAUGAGCAAAAUGCAUGGUCAGUCCGUGGAUGGCGAGAAAAUUGAUAAAACCAUUGUUUGCAAAUGUGGUCAAAUGUUUGGAAUCAUAGAGGAACUCAAACGUCAUGAAUACCAUUGUGUAGCAAGAGAGAAAGUACGCGAAAGACGUCGGCGGGUCCUCAAGGAGCUAGAUGAAAUGUCUUCGAUUACUCCCACAAGUAGUGCACCUGGAUCUGAUGUCGCGUCUUCUUCCGGUUCAGGAAAUGUUGAAUGCAUGUUUGAAUGCCCAAUGUGCCACCGAAAAUUCUCGAAAAACCAUCACCUUCGUAGACACGUUGCGACUCACUCAAACACAGAGUAUCCUGCUCGAUUUGUGGGCGGUCGUACAGAUAUUAUCUCGUUACAAAUCCACAUGAGUAAGGAACAUAGUCAGUCGUUGGAUGGCAAGAGGAUUGAAAAAACCAUCGCAUGCGAAUGUUGUGGUCAGAUGUUCGGGAUCAUAGAAGAAUUGAAGCGGCAUAAGUAUUACUGUGGGUCAAGAGAUAAGAUUGCUGAAAGGAGGAAAGAAGCACGCCAAGAACUUGAUGAUGCAAUGUCUACGAUUACUUCUGUGAGCGGUUGGGCCGAAUCUGUUAUCUCAUCUUCUUCUGGUGCUGCAAGUACUGUUAGUAUAGGAAGUGCUUCCGGUCGUCCAGUUAAAGUAAAUUGUCCUUUCUGUUUCCUGGUAUGUGCUUCAAUGCAAUCGCGAAGGCGUCACAUCGAAAGAAAGCACCCCGAGAAAUUGAAUGACCUCGAAGUCGAUACGCAUGGUUAUGUGAAAGUUGUUACUCCUGCCCUACCGUAUGCGUGCGAUAUUUGCUCGAAGACCUUCGCUUCUCAUGCCUCCAUGAUUACACAUAAGAAAAGAAUUCAUGAAAAUAAGAAUAAUCAUGAGUGUACCACGUGUGGAAGGAGCUAUCCACUAGCUAGCGAGCUCCGAAAGCACAUAAAACGAGUACAUGAGAAGGAUUUGGACUACGUGAUAUCGCAGAAGGUGGCGCUGUCCGGCUAA